AUGCCCGCCGGAUGCGCCGUUAAUUUCCUCAAGUCGUCCAAUCCGAGUCGCCAGCGCUCCGGCAGUGUGCGGCAGCGCGUGUGGAACAAGGUCCAACGCGCCACGUCGCUUUCCGCCAUGGAUUUCCAGACCUUCGUGCGCUCGCUCGCGCAGGACCCGAAGCCCGCGCAUUCAUUCAAGCCGUCCAGCGGCGGGGAAGGCGGAGAGGCGCGCGGAGGCGCGCAGCAGGUGCGCGGCGAAGAGGCUGCCGGCGCAGCAGCGCAGACGGCGGAAGAUUCGUUCUUUACCAGGCUAGAAGUCCCCGCGGAUAGAGAUUUCUCCGCGGCGGCCAGCCCCGCAGCUCCCGCCGAUGCUUCCCACGUGGGGCUCUCGCGCGGGAGCGCCGGUAGCCGGUCCGCUGGCGUCGGAUCGCACUGGGGCCUGGCGCGUUCCGCGUCCGACGCGCUGCAUCAGAUGUUCGGGGGCUCCGGGGGUGGCGGCGGGGGAAGCGGUGCGGGUGGCGCGGGGGGAAACACUGCGGACGAUGGGAGGGAACCGGGGGAAGCCAGUGGCGGAAGCCAGCGGGGAGCAGCGGUGAGGAACCAUGGGGCUAGCGGAAGGGGAAGCGGCGGUUCCGCUGGGAGAAGCGCAAGUUCUGGGGGGAGUGUUUUUCUACCGUUGAACCAAACUCCGAACCAGACUCCCCAGGGACCUUCAUAUUCGCGCCAGCGGAGCUUUUCCGCCAGUGGCGCAGGUUUUUCCGCCAUCCCUUCCGCCAGCCCUUCCGCCAGCCCGUACGCUAGCCCUUACGCUAGCCCGUACGCUGGUCCUGCUGCUUCCGCGGCCGCCCCUUCCUCCUCCGCCUCUCCCUACGGCGGAGGGCUGGGGGGCUCGGGCGGAGGGUUAGGCUCCUCAGGCGGAAAGGGCGCAAGUUUCGCGGGGCCGAAAGCAGGGCCUCCGUUGCCUUUAUCGAGGUCCGCUAUAGCGAGGUUUAGGCUUCCGCGCAUGGCGUCAGAGAGCGGGCGAAGGCACAGGGCGUGGCAGGCUGACCUGGAGGAGGACGAUGGGGAGCCGCUAGAGGGGGAGGUGGUAUCUGAUCCGGUGGGAUCUAAUGUGGCGGGAUCUGGGGCAGGCGUGUCCUCUGCUGAUGGGGUGAAUAACGGUGGGGGAAGUAUUGGUGGGGGGAAUUUCGGUGCGGGGAGUUUCAAUGGGGGAAGUUAUGAUGCAGGGCAGAGAGGUGGAGGAGGGAGGUCAGGGUCGGAAGGAGGCGCGGAUGGUUUCAAGAGCCAGUCAACGCGGUCAAUGCAGUCAAUGCGGCCUGGGUCCUGGUCAGAGAGGCCCAGGGCGACUUUUGAGACGCCUCAGGGGUCAGAAGGAGGAGCAGAUGGUUUCAAGAGCCAGUCAACGUCUGUAGGGGGUGGUGCUGCUGCUUCUGCUGCUGCUGGCGGCUUUCAGGAGUUCGCCAAUGGAGCCCUUCACACGUCCGGAUUUGAGCAGACGGGCGCAGGAGACAGUGGGGCCGCAGCGAGUACUCAGCAGGCGCAGGUACAGCAGCAGGCGCAGCUACAGCAGCAGCAGGCGCAGCAGCAACAUGCACGGGCACAGGGCCCCAGCAAUGCAGCAAGCCCAGACGCGGAGAUUCUCGUGAUCGACCCGGGAAAGGAGUGGCAGCAGCAGCAAAGCACAGGCGCACAGCAAAGCACAGGCGCUCAGCAGCAGGCGCUGGCAGGCGGAUCUCAGCCGUCCGUGCAGCAGGCAGCCGGCGGAUCUCGGCCGUCCACGGGCACAGGCUCGCGGGCGACUGCCGUGGCGUAUGUGAGCAAGUUUGAGGAGUACAGGCGGCGACUGGCGGAGCAGCAGCAGCAGCUACAGCAGCAGCAUGGGGUAGUAGGGGUGGGGCCAGGGCAGGGGGGAAGGAACCGAGGAGGUGGUGGUAGGGGCGUUCCCAGAAGUGCGUCUCAUGACCCUUUCACUGAUAGGUCGUGGCAGGGGCGAGGAGAGGAGAGCUCAGAAGCUAGCGCUGGUACGGGUCUUACUGGCGCUAGUGCUGGCUUUGCUGGUGAUGGGUUCGAUGAUGCUCUUGGGGAGAGCAGUGCCGCUGGUGGUUCUGGUGAUCCAGGUGCGGCUGUGGGCGGUGGUUUGGGUGGUGGGAGUGGUGGGUUUACCGGGGGUGGUGAAGGGAAUAGGGGGAUGAGGCAGGGAUAUGGCACUUACAGGGGCUCGCCAGCAGCAGCUAGGGGAGGGGGACGAGCAGGCGGCAGGAUGGGGGGCAGGGCGGACGGCAGAGCGGGCAGCAGGGCGGGCGGCAGGGCCGGUGGGGCGUUUAUAAUGCGGUCGGCAUCGCUCGGCAACGCUGGGGAUUUCAUGGGGCAGCUGGAGGGGGAUGACGUGGACGCUGACGUGGAUGGAGAUGUAGAUGACUCAGGUGGGGGCUUACCUGGGGGUGUGGAGGCUGGGCAAGGUCAGGAGUGGAGUAAGGGUGGCACGGGGAGUGUGGCAAUGGGCGAUGGGGUUACCACAGGGGUUACCACAGGUGCUGUAGGGCCCAGGGCUGCUGGUUCUUCUGUGUCAGCAGCCGGGGUAAGUAGUGACCGGCUGGGCAGCCGGGGUAGAGGUAGGGGUCGGGGUGGUGGUAGGGGUAGCGGUGGUGCUGCUGCUGGUCGAGCCUCAGGCUCUCCGUCUGCUACUCUCUCUCUUCGGAACUAUGAGAAGUUCCGACCCUCAUCAGCAGGAGCAGGAGGAGGAGCAGCAGCCGAACCACCCUCCUCUUCAGUGCAAUUCCUCUCAGGAUCAGGAGAAGGCGGGGAGGAGGAGGAUGAGGGGCUGGCGACUGUAGCUGCAACUUCCCACGCCCCUGGUGCCUCUAGAAGAGCUGGUUACAGCAGUAGCAGCGGUCGUGGUGGUGGUGGCUCUGGUGGUGGUUUCAUUGCUGGUGGUGUUGCUGCUGGUGCUGCUCCUGGCACUGGGCGUGGUCGGGGUAACCCUAACUCUGCCCCGGGUAACCGCCGACUGCUGCGGCGGCACACCGACGAUCCAACACAGCUGAACCGCGUUCAGACGCCCGACGCGCUCUCGUCCUUUCCUGCCGUGCCGUCCCGCCUUGGCCCGGGGAACCUCCAGCGUACCUCGUCCUCUGCCGCCCACCGGCCUUCCUCUGCCGCCCAGCGACCUUCAGCUGCCGCCCAGCGGUCUUCCGCUGCCGCCCAGCGGCCUUCUUCUGCCACCCAGCGACCCUCCUCUGCCGCCCAGCGGCCCUCUUUGUCCUCUUCUGGGCGGCAGCAGGAAUUCAGAGACCAAGGGCCGAUGCAGCAGCAGGGGCAGAUGCAGGAGCAGAUUCACCCUAUACAAGCACUCGUCCAAUACCCCACCACCAGCCCUGUUCAAACACUUAUGCAGCAUGUGCCUGCUAGCCCCUCCCAGAGUGUGUAUGGGCCGGUUGAGAUGCAGCAUAUGCCUGAACAUGCUCCCCUGCAUUCUCCCUUGCGCUCUCCACACACGCUCACUCACUCCCCCCAUUCGCCCCUUCAUUCUCCCCGUGCUCCCAUGCAACCCCCACAUUCGCCCAUGCACUCCCCCCGUGCUCCCAUGCACUCCCCACGUGCUGCCCCACACUCCCCCCAUGCGCCCAUGCAUUCCCCCCAUGCGCCCAGGAACUCCCCCCGUGCUGCCCCACUCUCCCCCCAUGCGCCCAUGCACUCCCCCCACGCGCCCAUGCACUCCCCCCAUUCGCCCAUGCACUCCCCACGUGCUGCCCCACUCUCCCCUCAUGCGCCCAUGCACUCCCCCCACGCGCCCAUGCAGUCCUCCCAUUCGCCCAUGCACUCUCCCCACGCGCCCAUGCACUCCCCACAUGCGCCCAUGCACUCCCCACAUGCGCCCAUGCACUCCCCCCAUGCGCCCAUGCACUCCCCACAUGCGCCUAUGCACUCCCCACAUGCGCCCAUGCACUCCCCCCAUGCGCACAUGCACUCCCCACAUGCUGUCCCACACUCCCCCCACGCUCCUAUGCACUCCCCCCAUGGUCUCACCCACGCCCCCCAUUCCCCCCUUCACUCCCCCCAUGCGCCUAUGCACUCCCCUCAUGCUGCCCCACUCUCCCCCCACGCUCCCAUGCACUCCCCCCAUUCCCCCCUGUGGUCCCCCACACAAGGACUGCACCCCCCCCAUUCCCCCCUUCACUCUCCCCAUGCGCACUCCCCUUCCCACCCCAUAGUCCCCCCCCACUCCCCCAUGCGCUCUCCCCACCCAGCCCCUCCAUAUGACCAGCAACAGCCCGUCUCCCCCAUCUCUUUUUCCCCCAACUCCUUUGCCCCCAACUCCUUCCCCCCCUCCUCCUCUUUCCCCAACUCCUCCUUCAAUUCGGAGGCUCGGAAACCUCCCGAGGCUGGGCAACCGGCUAGGAAGCUCGGUGCGGCAGAGGAAAGCACACCCACACCUGCAUUGGGCGGUGGAAGUGAGAGUAUUGUGACUGUAUUGGACUGUGAUAGUGGCGACAUGUUUUCGUUUGAGCAGGAGAGGCAGGAGGUGCCUGCCCUCCAAACCUCCCAAAGCCACACGCAGCAGCAGCACCCAGGAACCAUCCCACACCUCUCCCCUCCUCCCUCUCACACACCCUCCGCUCCCUCCGACUCUCCUUCCUUCUCUCACGUCUCCCCUCCCCCCUCCUACUACGACCCUGCAAACCCCUCCCUUCCCUCCCAUACCACUCACAACCGCUUUGCAAACCCACACAGUAGCGCGUACACCUCUGAUCCUACCGCCUCCCCUCAGGACUCCUUGCCUCGCAUGCACACCAACCCUCUGCACUACAGACGGCCUUACAACACCCACCUGCCCCGCCGCCCCCCUCGUCCCGUCCCGCCUCAGUCUAGAAAUGCCCUGGCCGGCGGCGGAGGAGGGGGGUUUGCCUCAGCCAGACUUGGGAGUGGUAGUGCCCAGGCGGGUGCUUUGACUGGUCGCAGCACUUUCACUGUUGACUUCUGA